AUGCUUGAGGAAUUGGCCAGCGGUGGUCCUCAAGAAAGGGAUUGGAAAGGAAUAGCAACUGCUUUGCUCGUUAUAAUGGUCAUCUGUUCGCUAAUCGCCUUGGCCGUUCUGAUACUAACUCCAAUGUCGGCGGCUAUAGAUCACACUCGGACGCCGAUCAACCUGACUACGAUGAGUCGACUUCGGCCUUCCAUCCUCAACGCGCGAUGGAGCGGUCAGGACGACAUCAUCUACGAAGACGCUAAUAGUGGUGUACUCCGACUUGUCGGCGAAACGAAUGAGCACUGA